AUGCGACGAUCGCUGGCUCGAUCCAUCCCCAAACGAGCCCUGCUCUCCCACGCGACCCGGCCAGCACUCUUUCCCGCCGCUAUCCGAGCCCUCAGCACCACGGCUGCCAUGUCCGCGCCGACGAACCCCUACGCGUCCGCGUCCGCACCGGCCGAUGCCUUCCAGCUCCUGCCCGAAUCGCAAAAGGCGGGCGAGGCCGAGGAUGCCCUCUACGAUGCACAGAUCAAGGAGGUCGAGGCCUGGUGGUCGUCGCCCCGCUACACCGGCAUCAAGCGGCCCUACACGGCCGCCGACGUCGUCUCCAAGCGAGGCACCCAGACUGUCCAGUACCCGAGCUCCGUCAUGGCCUCGAAGCUCUUCAACCUGAUCCGUGAGCGCGAGUCCAAGGGUGAGCCCAUUCAUACACUCGGCGCCGUGGACCCCGUCCAGAUGACGCAGCAAGCGCCGCACCAGGAGGUCCUCUACAUUUCAGGCUGGGCCUGCUCCUCGCUCCUCACGACGACCAACGAGGUCUCGCCCGACUUUGGCGACUACCCGUACAACACUGUGCCGAACCAGGUGCAGCGCCUGGCCAAGGCGCAGUCCAUGCACGACCGCAAGCAGUGGGACGCGCGCCGCGCCAUGACGGCCGCCGAGCGCGCCGCCACGCCAUACGUCGACUACCUGCGACCCAUCAUCGCCGACGGCGACACCGGCCACGGCGGCCUCUCCGCCGUCCUGAAGCUCGCCAAGCUCUUCGCCGAGAACGGCGCCGCUGCUGUCCACUUCGAGGACCAGCUUCACGGCGGCAAGAAGUGCGGUCACCUUGCCGGCAAGGUGCUCGUUCCCACAGGCGAGCACAUCAACCGCCUCAAUGCUGCGCGCUUCCAGUGGGACGUUAUGGGCUGCGAGAACCUCGUCAUCGCGCGCACCGACUCCGAGUCGGGCAAGCUCAUCUCGUCAGCCGUCGACGUCCGCGACCACGAGUUCAUCCUCGGCGUCGCGGACCCGUCGCUCGAGCCGCUCGCCGAGACGAUCCAGUCGCUCGAGGCCAAGGGCGCGUCCGGCGCCGAGAUUGACGCCUUUGAGGCCAACUGGGUCGCCAAGACGCGCCUUGUCACCUUUGACGAGGCCGCCGUCGACCACAUGCGCAAGGAGGGCGUCGCCGAGGACAAGAUUGCCGAGUUCCAGGCCGCCACCGCCGCCGACCGCAACAUGGGCGUCACGCGGCGCCGCGCGCUCGCCAACCACUACGCCGAGACGCCCGUCUACUUCAACUGGGACGUGCCGCGCACGCGCGAGGGCUUCUACCACUUCCGCGCCGGCAUGGAGGCCGCCACCAAGCGCGCCCUCGCCUUCGGACCCUACGCCGACCUCUUGUGGGUCGAGACGGGCGACCCCAACGUCGCCGUCGCCUCCGCCCUCGGCCGUGCCGUCCGCGCCGUCCACCCGGGUAAGGGCCUCGUCUACAACCUCUCGCCGUCGUUCAACUGGAUGGCCCACGGCUUCACCCCAGAGACGCUCAAGUCCUUCAUUUGGGACAUCGCUAAGGAGGGCUUCGUCCUGCAGCUCGUGUCCCUCGCCGGCGUCCACUCGACCGCCACCAUCUCGACCGAGCUCGCGCGCAACUUCAAGACGGACGGCAUGAAGGCGUACGUCGAGCUCGUCCAGCGCCGCGAAAAGGAUCUCGGCUGCGACGUGCUCACGCACCAAAAGUGGAGCGGCGCCAAGUACAUUGACGGCAUCCUGGGUGCGAUCCAGAGCGGCAGCUCCAGCAGCAAGAGCAUGGGCGACGGCAACACCGAGGGUCAGUUUCACUAG